CGAGCGACAUGGAGCUACACGUGCGGUGCGCGCUCGCGGUGCUGGCGAUGGCGGCGUGUUGCGCAUGGAGCGCUUCCGCGCAGGAGUCCGUGUGGGCCGACACAGAGUCGGGGAGGGUGUGCGGCGGCUACGAACCCCAUGGCGACUACGCCUACUUCCUUGCCGUACCUUACGCCAAGCAGCCUCUCGGUCAACUCCGCUUUCAGGAACUGCAGCGUCCGGAUCCAUGGACAGAAUGCCGGCCCGCGACCGAAGUGGGGCCAAUUUGUCCCCAGCACGACCUUUUCUAUGGGCCAAUCAUGAAUCCCCGCGGUCAGAGUGAGGAGUGCAUCCACGCCAACAUCUACGUCCCUCUGAAGUCUCUGCCGUCGAGAGCGCGCGGCGAGAGUCGUCCGCUGCUGCCGGUGCUGGUGUAUGUGCAUGGCGGAGGCUUCGGCUUCGGCUCCGGAGAUCCGGACGCACACGGCCCGCAGUACCUCGUCAAAGAGAAUGUUGUCGUCAUCACCUUCAAUUACAGGAUUGGAGCUUUCGGUUUCCUGUCCCUAAACUCGACGAGUGUGCCCGGCAACGCUGGUCUCCGGGACAUGGUGACGCUGCUGCAAUGGGUGCAGCGCAACGCCGAGGCCUUCGGUGGCAACCCCCACGACGUGACGCUGGCCGGACAGAGCGCCGGCGCUGCCGCCGUCCAUCUGCUCUCACUGUCUCAAGCAACAAAGGGACUCUUCAAGAGAGCCAUUUCGAUGAGUGGUGCAGGAUCAAGAAACUUUUACACGACAUCGCCAGCUUACGCGAAAACGGUAUCGGCAUUAUUCCUCGGUUUUCUUGGCAUCAUCAGUAUUGAUCCUGAAGAGGUGCACCAAAAGCUUAUUGUUCUUCCACUAGAGCAGAUCAUGCAAGCUCAAAAACAGAUUCAGGACAUCACGGGUCUCCUCGCAUUCUGUCCCGUGGUAGAAUCCGAACACCCGGGGGUCAAUAUAAUCUUGGACAAUGACCCGGAGGUUUUACAAGCGCAAGGUCGAGGCAAAGACAUCCCCUUUAUAAUUGGCUUCACAAACGCAGAAUGCCAAACAUUUCGACCACGAUUCGAACAGAUCGACAUUGUUAAAAGGAUUAAAAUCAUACCUGCAUUGGUGCUGCCCUUAGGGGUAAUUUACACGCGCCCGGCAGUGGAGUUUCCUAGUAAAAUUGCGAGCAUUUACAAGGAAUACUUUAGUGAAUCGUUGGAUAUGGAUACGUAUUUGAGCUACUGUACAGAGGUUAACUUCAUAUAUCCCAUGUUGAAACUGGCAGAGGCGAGAGCCGCCAACAAGGGAGCCCCUGUAUUCUUGUACCGGUUCGCGUAUAAUGCGGAUAAUAGUGUGUACAAGAAAGCGCUCAAUUUGACGUACGAUGGCGCCGGCCAUUCGGAGGACCUCACCUUCGUGUUCCGAGCCAACCACGUGCUGGGAGACACGAUCGCAUCGGCCGCAGACAGUGAAAUGAUUACGAAAAUGACGGGGUUCGUCACUAACUUCAUGCGACAUGGUAAACCAACGAAGAACGUCGAGUUCAAGGCAGACAAUACCAUAUGUUUACGAAAAUGUCGAAGUUAUUCUACGCCAGCCUCAUACCAAUUAGUAAACCAAUGACGAACGUGAACGAUUGGCGGCCCGUGUCGGCGUCGGAAGGGACGGACAAGUACGCUCCGUACAAGAACAUAGUCAACUACGAGGAGGCCGACCAGUGGCCGAGAUACCAGAGGAUGACCAAGUUCUUCGACAG